AUGCGCGCGGCGAGCGGCGCGCGGGGCGACGCGCGAGGGACGACGCGCGAGGGGGCGGAAUCGAGCGGGCGCGGACGCGACGGCGGCGGCGGACGCGGAGGACGCGGCGGACGAGACGACGCGAGGGGAAACGCGCGCGUCGGAGGAGGGGGGGGGGACGAGAGGGCGGCGGAGGAACCGGUGGAUCCCGCGCACGCGCGCGCGAAGGCGAUUCUGGCGGGAUUGCAUAAGAAGAAAGAGCCCGGCGUGGCGGCGUUGAACGCGCGGGCGGCGGCGACGACGGCGGCGGAGAAGGAAUCGGAGGAGGAUAAGAAGCCGAAGUUGGUGUUUACGAUGGGGAAACGCGCGCCGAAGGUUGCUCCGGUGGUUGUGAAGGCGGCGGAGGAGGAGACGUUCGGGUACGCGGAUACCGUGGUCGGGUACGCGUCGACGGAGACGAAGGCGCCGGAGCCCGAGGCGGCGCCCGAGGCGGAGGCGAAGCCUGAACCGGAGGCGGAACCCGUGGAAGAGGCACCGGCGCCCGUCGAAGAGGACGCGUCGCAGGGCAAGAAGGAGGUGAAGCGACCGAAGCGACCGGGUUUGCUCUCUCCUGGAAUCGCGAAACGACAGAAGAUGAACACGCCUACGCCGUUCCCGGAAGCCACCGACGGCGUGGGGGAGAGGACGGACAAGGGCGAGCGCGAGAUCUUCAUCAGCGACUUACCGGACGGUUGCACGAUCGAGAGUCUAUCGUUGGCGUGCUAUCGCUACGGCCGCGUCAACAGCUGUCGCGUGAUCGAGAGAAAGCACUUCGGUUUCGUCACCUUUGCGGAUUCGGCGUCGGCGGAGAAAAUCGUAAACGCCGCCAUCGCGCACAUGAACGAUCCCGACAAAGAGCCAGUGAUCGUGGACGGGCGCGUCGUUAUGGUUGAAUACAGCGUGCAGGCCAAAGGCGACAAGCCUUUCGGAGAUGAGAUCCGCCAACGCGCGUUGGAGGAACUCGAACGCAUUCGCGACGGCGAAAUAGUCGACGACGGCGGAGACGUCGUCAAGCGUGACAUGCUCCGCGUUGGAUUGUUUAAUUCGUAUCAAUCUCCCGAAAACGCCGAAAACGUCGCUGAACACCCACCGCACACCAUGGACGAUCGCACCGCGCUCCUCGGCGAAGAGCCCUCGACGCCGCGCGAGAAAUCGCGCGGGAGUAGAAUCAUAGGCAAGGAGUUCGCGCGUUUCUUCGUCCUGGGCAUAUUCGUCGCCGUCGGCGUCUUCGUGAGCGCCGAUUUCAUCGCCAACAUCCCGGCGCGGCGAGGCGCCGUGACGCGGCUCGGUCGGACGUGGACGUCCGCGGCCCCGCUCGCGCGUUGGGCGCACGUCGCGAUCGAGGCGAACGUCGACGGGCGCAAGUUCGUCCCGGCGGUGGCCCAUCGCGUGGUGGUGCUCGCGCUGUCGACCGGGGAGUCGCUCGCGCAGACUUACGAGUGGGCGUUGUCUUUGAAAGACGUCGGCGUGCGUAAAUUCAUGAUUGGAUGCGUCGACGACGCGUGUUUAAAGACGUUACAAUCGCUGGAUGCGCCGGUGUUCGACGCGAGCGCGAGCGCGGAGAAAUUUUCGCUCGACGGCGAGUCGCGCGAAGACGCGUGUCGGUGGGCUUCGCUCGAGAGCGCGAAGGAGCUUUUAAGCGAAGGGUACUCGGUGAUCCUCGCGCAACCGACGAUAAGAUUUCGUAGGAAUCCGAUGGAAGUCGUCGCGGAUUCGAUUUCAAGACACGGGCGAAAUAGCGUGUUCGCGAUGCGAGGCGUGCACUCGAACGUCGUCACCGAGAAGGAUUUGCGCGUUUGGACGGGUGGGACCUCGCUCGCAAGUCUUCGUGAUGAUUUCUUGAUCUUCACCCCGGGCUCGCAGUCGUUGAUUGAUGAUAUGUUCACGAGUAGGGAUGCGGACGUUCCCGCGGACGUUUUAGAGGCUGCGGGAGCGUCGAGCGAUUUAGGAUCGGCGGAACUCAGCUGGCGAUCGAACGUUGCCUUCGUUCUCAACCACAUCCUCAGCGUGAAGACGGGCUUGCGAUGGAAAUUAGCGAACGGGCAGGGUCCGGUCGAUGCGGCGCCGUUCAAAACGAAACCGUACGAAGUCAGCGUCGACGCCGCGCUCUUGGGCAAAGAUGGUUCGGUGCCAGGCACGACUGCGGAGUUAAGCGGCGUCGCGCGACUGAGCCACGACCGCGUCAAAGUCGUUCUCCUCGACACCGUCGUCGCCCGCGCGCACUGCAACGACGCGUCGACGGAUAACAUGCCGAAGACGUACGUCGUCGGUUGCGAUUUGGACGACGCCGCGCUCGCCGGCAGGCGCGUCGAAGUCGACCACCAGUGCAUGCUGAUGAAAGGUUUGGAAUCGCGCGUCGGCGGCCUCGGCAUGUUCUCAGUUUUCGAGCACAAGGGUGAGAGUCCAAUCUCGGAUUCUCGCGGCUUCAUCGGCGCCCUCGACGCGUGCAGGCUUUAG